AUGACGCUAGUUCUAGAAUCUACAAGUGAUCAGAAGACCAGCUUAGACAAGGGACAAUUUUCCGAUGGUUGUCAACCCUGUGGUCAUUGGACUUCUACUUCAGUUUCUAAAUCCUCACCAAGUGAGGAGCUGAUGUCAACUGGAGUUUCAACUCUGGGGAAUAGUGAAGCAUCAAGUUCAGUUUUAACUGGGGUAAAGUGUUCUCCUUUGCAGUUUCAAGAGGAAGGAAACACUACAAAUACGGAACAAGAAACAGCAGGAGAGCAGUCCCCAUUGUCCACAGCCAAGAAUCAAGAUAUUGGUCCAAAAGAGGCAUUUAAUGCGGGGAGCAAGAUGGAGGAGGAGUAUCCUGAAUCUCUAUGUUCUAUCUGCAAGAAUAGACGACCAAAAAUUGAAUGGAAGAGAGACUUUACUUAUUUAGAUCUCCAAUCUGCUACAGAGGGAUUUGCAAAAAAGAAUUUCAUAUCAGAAGGUGGAUUUGGUUGUGUCUACAGAGGAGAAGUAGAUGGAUUGAAGAUUGCUGUUAAGCAACAUAAAAAUGCAAGCUUCCAAGGAGAUAAAGAAUUCAAGGCUGAAGUUCAUGUACUUAGCAAAGUCAGACAUAAGAAUCUAGUCAGGCUGUUGGGGUCAUGUUCAGAAGGAAGCCGCAGGCUGCUUGUUUAUGAAUAUGUCUGCAACGGUUCCCUGGAUCAACAUCUAUCAAGACACAGCCGCAAACCCCUCAGUUGGGAAAAAAGGAUAAGAAUAGCGUUGGGAGCUGCCAAAGGCUUACAAUAUCUGCAUGAAAACAAGUUCAUCCACAGAGAUAUGAGACCAAACAACAUCCUUAUAACCCAUGAUUACGAAGCACUGCUAGGAGACUUUGGUCUUGCAAGACCUCAAAAUGAAGACCCAGAUAAAUCUUCAGAGACAAGAGUCGUUGGAACUUUCGGAUACUUGGCACCAGAAUAUGCAGAAUGUGGAAUAGUGUCAACCAAGACCGACGUGUAUGCUUUUGGGGUGGUUCUAUUACAGCUUAUAACUGGGAUGAGGACUACGGACAAGAGACUUAAAGGGAGAAGUCUUGUGGGAUGGGCAAGACCACUAUUAAAAGAAAAGAACUACCCAGAUUUAAUUGACGAAAGGAUCAUGGACUCGCACGAUGUCCAUCAACUAUUUUGGAUGGUUCGAAUGGCAGAAAAAUGUCUCAGCAGGGAUCCUCAUGCGAGAUUAACGAUGGAUAAAGUGGUUGAAGCUUUAGAUUACAUAAUGGAAUGCAACCCCAUUUGUGGUAGAGACUGCUCCCCAGCACAAUCAGAUUCAGUCAGUAGCAUGCCAGGCUCUGGCGAAUCACAGUGUAGCAUGCCAGGCUCCCCUGAGUCACCAUGUGAAGAUGGAAGCUAUAAUAGAGAAUCUACAUCAAUAAAUCACAUGAGUCAGAUGAGGUAACACUUCCAUCGUCACCACCUCCAGCAACAUUCAGUUCUUCAAAUAGAUGCGUGUCUAUUGCGCAUGAAAUGUCUACUUUGGUUGGUAAGAAAAGAGAAGAAUGUGAAACAGAAGUAUCACAAAAGAAAAGUGGGUUACUUUAUGAUGAGAUGGUCACGUAGAUAUGAUGUUCCAUAUCUUGAGCUUCUGUGAAAGCUAAGCCUGUUAAUAAUUAAUAAUUUUGUUU